CAUCAACGCAUAGAAGCACGUUAGAUUGGCCCACGGUCGGUUAUCUUCACCAGCCUCUUCCACCCCCCUUUCAAUCCAAGUCUCUCUUUACCAUUCGCACUCCAAAACCCCAUUAACAUAUCCUUUUUUUUUUUUUUUUUUUUUGCGCCAUACCUCUCUCUCUCUCUCUAAAACUUGAUUCUUUGUUGUGUUUCUCUCUCAUAUGAAGACUCUGUGCCCCAACCUGGACCGAGAAGAUGGACUGGAGACGGUGCUUGAAGUCCCAAUCCCAGAAGAGACGUUUGGGUCCUCCAAACAAAACAGAUCAUGGCAAAACAUGACAUCAUGGAUGCGAUCACACGUAGAAAGGUCACCCCAAUCCGUCCUCGGAGCCAGAAGCACCGAGAUCCAGCUCUUGCUUGGUGUCGCCGGAGCUCCGCUAAUCCCUCUUCCCAUCCCUUGCCUUCAACCCAUCAACAAAAACAAAAGCAUCAAAGACUAUCCCAUUGAGGCUUCAAUGGCGAAAUAUAUAGUGCAGCAGUAUAUAGCUGCGUGCGGGGGUGAGAAGGCGUUGAACUCGAUUGACAGCAUGUGUGCGACGGGGAAGGUGAAGAUGCUGGCGUCGGAGUUUCUUGGCACAGAUGGUGCAAGUGUUGGGUGUAGGCGGUUGAAUAGUGGUGGUGGUGGUGAUAAAGCAACGAAGGUGAAGAGUGGUGGAGGAGGAGGUGGAGGAGGAGGAGAGAUGGGAGGGUUUGUGCUGUGGCAGAAGAGGCCAGACCUGUGGUGUCUGGAACUGGUGGUGGGAGGGUAUAAGAUUAGUGCUGGCAGUGAUGGCAAAGUGGCAUGGAGGCAAACUCCUUGGCAAAAUUCCCAUGCUUAUCGUGGCCCGCCCCGUCCCCUUCGUCGUUUCCUACAGGGUCUUUGUCCAAGGUCUACUGCCAAUUUAUUCUCCAAUUCCAUCUGCAUGGGUGAGAAGACCAUCAAUGGUGAGGACUGCUUUGUUCUAAAACUCGAUGCCGAAUCGUCGGCUCUUAGAGCAAGAAGCAGCAGCACUGUAGAGAUAAUCCGGCACACGGUUUGGGGCAACUUCAGCCAGAGGACAGGCCUCUUAGUACAACUCGAGGAUUCGCACCUUCUCAGGAUCCAAACUUCACCACAUGAGAGUGUCUUCUGGGAGACAUCAAUGGAGUCACUAAUACAAGACUACAGGACCAUUGAUGGUGUUAACCUUGCCCAUGCCGGUAGAACAGACGUUUCGUUGUUCAGGUUUGGUGAGAAGUCGGAGAGCCAUUCCCGGACACGAAUGGAAGAGGUGUGGACCAUUGAAGAGGUAGACUUGAACAUAAAGGGACUGUCCAUGGACUGCUUCCUGCCUCCCGGAGACUUGAAGAAGGAGGAAGAAGGAUGUGGUGGUGGUGGUGGUGGUGGUGGUGGUGCUACUGCUGCUAGCAGUGUCGUGAAUCCGCGAUUGGGAUUAAGAAAUCUAUCCAAGUCUGGUAGGAUUGGUUCUUCUAAAGUUAUGGCUUUUGAUGAUGGGGAUGAUUCCGACAACACAGAAGGGGAUGAAUAGUUCCUAAAAGUGUCAUACAUUUGUGUAAAUAUUGCAUGACACUACAUUUUUUUUUUUUACAUAUAUUUGUGUAGCUUAGCUACUAGUUAAUGAACUGCUAAACGGUUAGAGUUUGAGAAUCAAUUAUUAAGUGAAUUGAUGAUAGGAUUAGUUGAUAGGUUUACCCAUCUUCAAUUCGAAGAGAGGUCGGACAAGGUACAAAAAUUUUAUGUUGUUAUUUUUAAACAUUGUCCUGUCAAAAGUUAAUUUCUAGCACCCAUAAUGUGUGUAAAUUUCUUGUUAGGAUUUAAAAAUA